ACAGGCAGUGCAAUGAUCUUCCUGGUCAGUUUUUGUGGGAGUUAGGUGACAGAUUGAAGGAACAGGACUUUGCUGUGAUUGGAUGACAUUUCCAUCCGAGCGUAACUCCGAGCUCCUGCUGUUACAGCCGCCUCGGGCGAUGGAGCGGCGUGAAUCUCAAGCGUAGUCUACACGUCCGGCCAGUGCGAAAACCUUAUUAAAAAUAUUUGAAACGCUAUUCAGUGUUUUCCACUUUAUAUAAAAAAAGACGCCAAAAUGACUAUCAGGACAAACCACGAUCAUGGACAGCAUUAUCGACCUCGAAUGGCCUGUCUAAAGAAGGUGGACGCCUUGGUGGUGGAGAUGCAAGACCCAAAAAAUGGAGUAAAAUUUCAGGAACAGAAGCUGGUCAUUACCACAAUCCCCCAUGCCAUGACAGGUCAGGACAUCCACGCCUGGAUCGUUAAGCGUUUGAAGGUCACUCCUGAAGAGGCGGGUGCUUUCGGCACCAUGCUGGUGGCGUAUGGGUACAUCUACCCCCUGCAGAACCACAAGAAGCUCGUCCUCAACGCCGACUCCAGCCUCUACCGCUUCCAGACCCCGUACUUCUGGCCAGCGCAGAAAUGGCCCACGGACGACACCAACUACGCCAUCUAUCUGGCCAAGAGGAACAUUCGUAAGAAAGGUGUUCUGGAGACGUACGAGCAGGAACACUACAACCACCUGCACAAAUGGAUGAAUCACAAGUGGGACUUCAUCGUGCUGCAGGCGAAGGAGCAGCACAAGGCGGGGAAGGAGCGGAAGAAGCCGGACCGCGUGGUGUUCGAUUGCCAGGAGAGAGCCUACUGGAUCGUCCACAAGCCUCCGCCCCGAACCUUCAGCGCCAUGGACUACGGGCUGGACCGACACAUUGACCCAAACGAGGACGAGAAAAAGAGUAUUGAGCACUACAGGAGAAUUAUCAUCUUCGUUCAGCAGUACAUAAUGCGGUCCAGGACCAAGUCCACGGUCUCUCUCGGAGCCCUCGUCAAGUUUGUCACGACGUACAAGACGCAUGACCCCUUCCUGGCACCGUGUCUCCCUAGCAACCCCUGGCUAACAGACGACAGCACUUACUGGGAGCUGAACAUGCCGAACGCGGAAAUCCCAACUCAGAUGCGUGUGGAACACUGGACCUUCAGCUUCUACGAGCUCCUGAACGACCCUCGCGGACGGGCGGACUUCUGGAAGUUUCUGAAGAAGGAGUUCAGCGGGGAGAACUUGGCCUUCUGGGAGGCCGCAGAGGAGAUGAAGUGGGGAACCGCUGACUCCAUGAAGGAGAAGGCUGAGAGCAUUUACAAGACCUUCCUGGCCCCAGGGGCUCCCCGCUGGAUCAACAUCGACCAGAAGACCAUGGCCAUCACGGUGAAGGGCCUGGACCACCCGCACCGCUACGUCCUGGACGCAGCGCAGACCCACAUCUUCAUGCUCAUGAAAAAGGACACCUACGGACGCUACCUGAAGUCUCCGGUGUUCAAGGACACGCAGAAGAAAGCUCUGAAUCCAGAGACACACAACUUCAGUGAUGCGCAGCUGGAGCAGAACGCCCGUAACCGCAGGCCCGGAAUCCAUCCCAUAAUCCUCUGGCAGCAGGCGGAGGAGGAGAAGGCCAAGAUAGCGGCCGCCACCAAACAGGUGGACAUCAAACAGGUCAUGAGCAAGCUGGACCGCAACCGGAAGUAAAGCCGUCGGGCCGAGCCCAAACUGCCCCAAACUGCCCCAACCGCCCAAACUGCCCCAAACUGCCCCAAACUGCCCCAACCGCCCAAACCGCCCCAAACUGCCCCAAACCGCCCAAACCGCCCCAAACUGCCUCAAACCGCCCAAACCGCCCAAACGCCCCAAACUGCCCAAAACUGCCCAAACUGCCCCAACCGCCCCAGACUGCCCCAAACUGCCCCAACCGCCCAAAGCUGCCCCAAACUGCCCCAACCGCCCAAACUGCCCAAACCGCCCCAAACUGCCCCAACCGCCCAAACCGCCCAAAACCGCCCCAAACUGCCCAAAACCGCCCAAACUGCCCCAAACCGCCCCAGACUGCCCCAAACUGCCCCAACCGCCCAACUGCA